AUGCAAAGUGGACAUCGGACAUACACUUCUCUCACUCCAGCCUUGGUCCCCCGGCAACGUGCGGCGGCCCGCGGCCAAGGGCGCGACGCAACCACCACUGGGGCCGGCGCAGGCUUAGGCAUUUUCGUGUGCAGCGGCAGCCCGGCGAUCGCAGAGGCGUUCGCCGUUUCAGGCCUUGACUGGAUCUGCGUCGACGCGCAGCAUGGCGCGGUGUCCUACAACGUUCUGCACGACAUGCUGGCCGCCACCAGCGGCACCCCGGCCAAGCGCAUCGUGCGCGUCGGCGGCCCCGAUGACCGAUUCGGCAUCCAGCAGGCACUUGACCUGGGGGCAGACGGGGUGAUGAUUCCCCUCGUGUACACGCGUGCAGAUGCAGAGCGCGCGGUGUCAUACUGCAAGUAUCCCCCAGCCGGGCAGCGCAGCGUGGCUUACCCCGUGCGUGCGGUGUACCGCAAGGGGGUGGGGGUGCCUGCCCUGGCGCGAUACCUUGAAGACGCGAACGAUGAGACAGAGGUGUGGGUGCAGAUUGAGACCAAGGAGAGCUUCGAAUCCAUUGACGACAUCGUGUCCGUGCCAGGGGUGGCCUGCGCCUUCCUCGGCCCUGCCGACAUGGGCUUCGCCCACGGCCUGCACGUGGAAAUGAAAUACGACCUGCCCGGCAUGCUGUCCAGCCCCCAGAUAGAGCGGUUCUACACCGGCGUCGUCGCGGCCUGCCGCCGCGCGGGCAUAAAGGCGGGCGCGUUCUGCCUGGGCAAGGAGCGCGCCCGGCAGGUCGCGGCGCUGGGUUACGAGUGGGUCGGCUUCGAUAGCGACCUCAACGCGGCGAUCAGCUACGCGCAGGGCGUUGUGCAGGAGCUGCGGUGA